CUGACCACAUUCUGGCAAGAAUAGCCUACUCCGGUGCCCUCACAAGAAAAUAGACAGAAUACAUAAGUCAUAAAUAAUAAUGCCUCGUCCGGGGAAGAACUCGUACAGUGACCAGAAGCCACCAUACUCCUAUAUCUCUCUGACAGCCAUGGCCAUCCAGAACUCCACCGAGAAAAUGCUCCCACUGAGCGACAUCUAUAAGUUCAUCAUGGACCGAUUCCCGUACUACCGGGAGAACACGCAGAGGUGGCAGAACUCCCUGCGACACAAUCUGUCCUUUAACGACUGCUUCAUUAAAAUACCAAGGCGGCCCGACCAGCCAGGAAAGGGCAGCUUUUGGGCCCUGCAUCCGGACUGUGGGGACAUGUUCGAAAACGGCAGUUUUCUACGCAGGAGAAAGCGCUUCAAACUGCUGCGCGCUGAGCACAUGGCUUGCAAAAGCACUCCAAUGAUGCACUACUUCCACCACCAAGGUAAAAUUAAUGGAGGGCACCAUGAGCACCCGGGCCCCGCCUCAGCAGUGGAAAGAAUCCCUCACUUCCAGGGCUAUGGUAGUAUCAACUGCGGACAGUCCGGCGGCUUCAAGCACCCCUUCGCUAUUGAGAAUAUUAUAGGUCGGGACUACAAGGGCGUGAUGACUAGCGGUCUGCCAAUCACUUCGGUAAUGCACCAUUUGGGCUACCCUGUGCCGGCGCAGCUCAGCAGUGUGGUCAACUCCAUGUGGCCGCAUGUCGGAAUGCUGUCAGAUUCCAUGGGUGCCAUGCCGGUCCCUGUCUCCUCAGAUUAUACGCCCUUUGGAGUGUCCAUGAAGGGUCUCUACCAUCACGCGAGUGGACAGACACUACCGGCUGUGCCCGUGCCCAUCAAACCCACCCUGUCAAUGGGUCCGAUGCCCGGUCUUUCGGGCCUUCCGUCCGGCCCAGCCCAGCUCUGCUCCUCUUCAUCCAUGCUGGAGAAGACUGGUUCCGAGACGUUGGAAAGUAAGGGCAAUCCGAUACACCCGGCUCUUCGGCUGUCUUAA